AUGUCGCUCCUGCAAAUAAUUAUUCCAACAAUUCUCAGUGUACAAUUCAUCCAAAUUGACUCAAAGUCACUCGAUAAUCCGUUGACACUAAAAAAUUUACAACUUACUGCUCCAUCAUUUCAACCUAAAGUAAAUUUCUCAUCACCAAUCAGCGUCAAACAAUCAAUGACAGUAGGAGCAAUAAAGCCAAUCGGCCAAAAUCGCCAUGGAAAAUUUUUUUACUCUCCAUCAUUUCUUACCGGUUUGGGAAUCGGGAGCUUAGCAAGUUCAGCAGCAUUAUCCUCAUCUCCGCCGAUGUUAUCACCAAAUUCAGAACCGCUGUCACGACGAAACUCACGACCAAUGAACAUGUUCAUGGAUACAAAUCAAAGUUUGCCGAGACCUCAAAUUUCUAUGCCACCGCAUUCUUUGAAUCCUUACGACGCAAAUUAUCCAUACUUUGCACUUUCGACAAGUCUGUUUGAUCAUUCGCUUCGCUCGAUUUACAGCUUGCUGGAAAACUUGAAGAAUCAGUUGGCGAACAGGGAAACUUCUAAAGAGCCAACCAGAGUAACUGUCAAAAAUUUAAACGACGAAAUUAACAACAGUGCCGAGGAGACUUCCAACGUUAAAAUUGUAAGCAAAGAUGAUGGAAGUCACUUUGGUGUCGUCGAUCGGACUAUUUUAAAAGAUGUCAUUAAAGAAUCCAUUGAAGAGAUAAACAAAGAUUUAGAACAAAGGCAAGUAGUGAAUAUUCGAGCCACUAAGAACAAUACAAAUAUCACAGCGACGAACGAACAAAAUCAAACUGAAAAUACCAGCACGAAUAGUCCUGUCACAGCUCCAACUCCAAUAUCAACUACGGAGUCACCAAUUAUUACAUCUUCUAAGCCGGAAUAUCAUGGUGGUAAUCCACAGCCCAUACAUAAUGUAAAUUUAAUAAAUGGAUUUCCAUCAACUGAAUAUGGGCAUCCUCACAAUGAAAUUCACUAUGGCCCACCGCCAAGUAUUUUUGAUCAUGGAAAUAUCAAUGGGUAUGGCCAUGAUCAUUUAUUUGCACAAAAUCAUCUUCAUGAUCAUGGAUUUGCGCAAACCCAUCCUCAUGAACAUGAAGUAUUUAAUCCAAACUACUAUCAUUCUGAGCCAUAUUAUGGAGCUCCAGAAAAUCACUCUCCAACAGAUUUUUUUCCGUCACCAACCGCCGAAAACUGGCCCGUCUAUCCACCUCAUGCAAGGGCAUUCAAAGUUUCCAGUAAAACCAUACCGAAAACAAAUAUCUUUCGGCCAAGUAAACUAGUAUAA